GUGGCUUCUGAGGCUGCUGUGGCCAUGGGGCUCCUGGAACCAGCUGGAGUGAGGGAGCCUGGUGACUCUGAAUGCCCUUGGGGGCCCGGGAGGUCCAGCCAUGCCCCUCAUGAAGGAGCCCCAUCCCCCGCCUCAGGCCCCACUUCCCUGGAUCCUCCCAAGCCUGUUUGCCGCCUUCAAUGUAGUGCUGCUGGUAGUUUUCAGUGGCCUCUUCUUUGCAUUCCCUUGCAGGUGGCUGGCCCAGAAUGGGGAGUGGGCCUUUCCUCUCAUCACAGGCCUCCUCUGUAUCCUCACCUUCAUCAGUCUCGUUUCACUCAAUUUCUCAGACCCCGGCAUCUUGCAUCAAGGCUCCAACGAACAGGGCCCCAUGACGGUGCACGUGGUGCGGGUGGACCAGAGGGCCUUCCGUCUGCAGUGGUGCCCACGGUGCUGCUUCCACCGCCCGCCCCGGACCCACCACUGUCCCUGGUGCAACAUCUGUGUAGAAGAUUUUGACCAUCAUUGCAAAUGGGUCAAUAACUGCAUCGGUCAUCGCAACUUCCGCUUCUUCAUGCUGCUUGUCCUGUCCUUGUGCCUCUACUUGGGUGCCAUGCUGGUGACCUGCCUGAUCUUCCUGGUGCGCACAACCCACCUGCCCUUCUCCAUGGACAAGGCCAUGGCCAUCCUGGUAGCUGUACCCGCCACCGGCUUCCUGGUGCCACUCUUCGUCCUACUGCUGAUCCAAGCCAUGUCGGUGACCGCGGCCGAGCGCUCCUACGAGGUCAAGUGCCAGUACCUGCAGGGACACAACCCCUUCGACCAUGGCUGUGCCAGCAACUGGUAUUUAACAAUAUGUGCGCCUCUGGGACCCAAGUACAUGGCUGAAGCUGUCUGGCUGCAGAGAACGGCAGGGUCUGACUGGGUGCCUGAUAUGCCCCUCGGUGCUCAGUGCCCCAGCCCCCGCAGAGCCUGGCCCUGGCCCUCAGCCCCAACCUCCGAGUCUCUACAAACCAGGGAGAGGUCCCCCAAGGAGUGGUGAGACUGCAGCCCUCCAGGAGCUCCACACAGGCCCAGUGCUGCCCCUGUUGUGGGAGGGCCCCAGACGAGGCUCUGCACACCUCUCGCCCCUUCACACCCAGCGAUGCAUCGGAACCUCAUCUCCUGAGCCCUGUGUGGAGGCCUGUCUGUGCCCCACCCUUGCCUACUCCCCUGGUGGGAGUGUCGAGGCCCUCUACAAAGCCCAUUAAAUACCCUCUGCCUGCCUCCUACAA